AUGUCGGCGUCUCGGGGUCGCAGACGUCUGGCCAAGCACCUCAGCCGUGCCACGUGCGUUGAGGCACCGGUGCCUGAUGUGCGCAUCAAGGCGAGGCGACGGAACGCUGCAGCACCGGCCGCGGGCGACCCACGGACGAAGCCCUUGCGCGCCCCACGUCGCCCCAUCGGCCAACCGAGCGCCUUGCUCUACGAGGCGACGCCGGACCUGAAGACGGCGGGCGAGGGCGCCUUGCUCUUCGUGGACCUGGGCGCUGGACCGCCCGGGAGAAGGUUUGUGGAUGACUUGCCCGACUUGCCCGAAGCACCUGUUUUUGUGGGGAUUGGUGUUGACCCGGCCACGCGGUUUUGGGGUGACUCGUCUGGAUUUUUCCACCGUGUUUUCACUUUGGUUCGAAAAGCGGACUACUUGACUUGCACCUUGGCCUACGACUGUGCCAACUUCCUUGCCUUUGCCCUUGGCAUCCUCCUUGAAGAGGAGCUGAUGGCUGCUGGUGGAGGCGAGGCAGAGAAGGGAGCGUGGUACCAGGUCCCGACCUGGGAUGGAAGUCCGUUGACUUGGAGGAGCUUCCGUAGGGAGAUGCGCUGGUGGGUGAGUUCCUUAGACCUUGCUGGAACGGCCCGCUACAACUUGGCAGCCCGCUGGUUGCUCAGGCAAACAGGAAUAGUCAGGCAGCGGGGUGAAGAAUUUGACCCUUCCGAAUUAGCAUACAAGCCAGCUGAAUCGUAUGAAGAUCCCACUUCAGGAGAGACCAUUGAAGUGACACCAGCUGACUACCUCUUUGGACUCAACAAACUUCUUUCUGCCUUAGAGUCCAUUAAUGGACAAUCGGCAUUGGACAAACGUGGGGAACUUCGAGCACAGUUCUACACUGACUUGAAACGUGCGCCGGGAGAACGCUUGUCUGAAUUUGCGACUCGUUUUCGAACACUUGCUGCCGAUUUGAAAGCUGAAGGUGUUGUGAUUCAAGAGGCCGAGCUUGGCUGGUUCUUCAAGGACAAGCUCGGUCUCGAUCCUCUGCGGAAGCAGCUGCUUGACACGGCCCUUCAAGGUCGUGAAGACUACAAUGUGAUCGAGGGUGAAACGGCGCAGGAAGCCGAUGACUGGGAAGUUCCUCCUGAGGAGGUGCUUGCCACUGUUGCGGAGGAGGAGGACGGCGGAGAAGAGCAGAAUUUGGAGGCGUUCAUUCAGUCAGAAGCCGAAGUGUUGGCCACGGAACUUCAUGAGGCGGAGGAGAGUGGCGUGAACCCUGAAGCGCUCGAAGAGCUAGAAUCAAGUUUCGAGCAAGCCGCUGAAGCCUUGGUCACUAUGCGUGAGGCCAAGACCAAGCUUCAGGAGCUUCGCAAAGAUCGUGGAUUUGGAAAGCCUGGCUCACAAGGUGGCGGCCGGUCGAACACCGGCGUUCCGGCAGCCCGAAAGGCAUCCGGCAAGCACCCAUGUUUUGACUGUGGGAUGCACGGUCACUGGGCCGGAGACAAGGAAUGCUCUAGACCUGGGGCCGGCAUUGGGCGCAAAGGCGCCGGCAAGUCUGGAGGAGGAAAAGUGCGACCAGUGCGAAUUGCAGAAGUUCUUCAAGCAGACCAUGUCCUUGCCGAAGACAAACAUUUGGUGGGAGCCUUGGAUUCCGCAUGCAAUCGCACAUGCAGCGGGCCUAGAUGGCUGGAAGGCUAUUUGAAGCAAGUCCGAGAAGGACCCACUUGGAUUCAUUCACUUGUUUCUCAUGUUGAAGAAGCAGAGCGCUUCAAGUUCGGCAAUGGCGGAUUAGCGCCUAGUUCGAAGCGCUGGCGUUUGCCUAUGUGUAUCGGGGGUCGAGUGCUUCUUGUUUGGGUGAGUGAGGUGCCGGUAGCCUCCUUGGGCCUUUUAUUAGGCCGGGACUUCUUGGAUGCUGUCGGAGCGAUCCUCGAUUUCUCCAAGCGGACCCUCCAGUGUGUCAACCUUUUUGCUGAUUCAGGCCGUACUCUGGAGCUUCGUCAGAUGGCCGCGGGGCACUUCAUGUUGGAGCUUUUGCCGGAUUCCUGGCCAAGGCUCGGACCUGGACGUUGGAGACGGAUCGGUCUGGAUGGUAUCGUCGAGCUUCAAUUGACUCCUCGUUCCUGGUUGGACCGCAAGAUUGCUGAGGGUUCCAUUUGUUUUGGAGAGAUUACCCAUGAACAUCUUUUGCUAGAAGGAAGCGUUAUCGACUUCGUGCAGAACUUAGUCAUCAAGGACUUCAGGAUGGCCCAGUUGACCUUUGCCCAACGGAUGGAGAACCAGGAGUUACAACCUCUGGACCCUCUCACUCCUCAGCUGCUUCGGACAUUCCAGGAGGUCAACACCAAGGCCAUCGUGCCGUACCGCUGGAACCGCUUCAUCUUGCGCGUACUCGAUCGAAGACAAUGGCACGCUCGAAGCUUGCUCAUCCAGUUCAACUCGCGGUCACACUUGCGGUACUUGCCUUUUCCCUACCCGUCGGUGAUCUCCGUGGAACAGUGGGUCUUGCAGGCCCAAUCCAUGGUGAAUAUGGGUGCCAUGAGUCGAAGGCAUCACGCCCUGGCCUUGGAGAUGGGGCGCUUUACGGCGACCAACCUCAUCGAACUCGGUCGUCUUCGCGAUCGUUGUGGCUGGAAGAUGGCGUUUGUGGAAGAUCCUCUGUUGGCUGGGUUCUUGGCGGCUCGCUCUCAAAAGGGUCAGUUGGCCCGGUUGAAGGCGGCAGCCUUGGAGGAAGCGAAGGCCAAAGUCGCAAAGGAGACGGCAGAGAUGGAUCGCGAGAUUUUGGCUCGCCAGUUGCUUGGUCCCAGGGGUGGCUUGCCUACCUUGCGGGCCGAUUUGGUUCGUUUGGCCUUGCUUUUCAAUCUGACGCCGUCUCCCAAAGAGACAGUGCCUCAACUUCAAGCUCGAAUCCGACCCCUUGUGGAGAUCCUGAAGAGCAAACCGGCUGUGAAGCAAUCCGAUGUUGGUCAGAAGAUACCGGCGGAUCCGCCUCGUCUGUCCACUCCGUCCUCAUGGUCAGCUGUGAGCUCCAUGAGCCCGCCGAGAGCACCAGAGCUUCGUCAACAAGACGGCUGUCCUUUCCCUCAGGAGCUUCAUCAAAUGGAACUUCGAGUGCAGCAGAUGAUGGAGGCUCAGGACUCCCGCUUCCAAGACAUGCUGAAGCAAGUGUUGAAGACAGUGGCGGAGGGACCUCACCUCUCGGCAGAGGUGGUCAAGGAUGACUUCAAGAUCUCCGGAAAAGUGAAGCCUGGCAUCCGACAGAUGAUCUCGCAGGCGUGGGAUCAGCAUCGACGUGAUCAGUUGGCUAUUUCUGUGGGAGCCGCUGAGGUCAAUGAGAUCUUCUUGGCUUCAUGGGACUAUGAGAUGAAGAAUGCCAUGAACGAGACCUUCGCCUUGGAGGUGCAGCUUCCUUCUCCUUUCGUCACCGAGAUUUACACAGACACUGAGCCAGUCGCCAAAGCGGCUCGUCGACAAGGUUUGUUGGCAGGUGACAGUCUCACCUUAAGCAGUGGUUGGGAUUUUCGUCUUGAACACCACCGGAAGAAGGGCAUUUUGAAGGUUAAGGAGACCAAACCCUACCUCGUUAUCCUUGCUUUUCCUUGCGGGCCAUGGUCUCAACUCCAAGCCUUGAAUCCUGCGCAUGACCUUCAGCGCAUGAGAGAAGAGGCAUUAAUUUUGGUGCAGUUCGCCAUUGAGGUGGCCCAACUUCAGCUGCGUGGCAAGCGCCACUAUCUGAUGGAGAAUCCACGCGGAUCUCUCGCUUGGAAGUUGGAAGUUCUUCAGACCUUCAUGCUCGAGACGGAUGCCUUGACCGUGACUGUGGAUAUGUGUCGCUUUGGUCUUCGUGCUCUUGACGGAGAACUGCAUCGUAAGGCCACUCAGCUUGUGACCUCUAUGCAAGCGCUUGUGUCCGCCUUUUUGGACAAACGAUGCACUGGAGACCAUCCUCAUACUCCUGUGAUGGGUGAAAGCAAAGUGAGUUCAGCUGCCGGGCACUACACGCCUGAGUUUGCGGAGUCUGUCGUUCAAGCGGCUUUGAAACAGCAUGAUUUUGAGACUUCGAUGUUGGUCCGUGCGGAUCUCAGUUCCUUUGAUGUCCUGGAGGUGGAACAUGAAGUGCUUGUCACUGGUGAACCAGGUCGAGAGGACGAUGAAGUCUCUGAUGCUUCUUUUGAGUUCUCCAAGGAGGACGAUGCUCUCGUGAUCCCGACGGCAGUCAAGAAUGCGGUCUACAGACUGCACGUGAAUACAAGCCAUCGCAGCAACCAUCGCCUAGCCAGAGCUCUUUUGAUAGCAGGCGCUCCAAGAGAGGCAGUGCUGGCAGCCAAGCGGCUGAAAUGUGCGGUGUGCGCUGAGCGCAAACUUCCUCGAGCACGACCUCCUGCCUCACUUCCUCCCCCUCGAGAUGUUGGACAACAAGUUCAUAUAGACUUGGUCAUGUUGGAAGACUCACUUCGCAACCCUUAUGUGGUGGCCCACGCCACAGACAAUGUGUCGAGGUUUCAGGCUGCGCAAGUCUUGGGAGACAAAAGCACCAAUUCAGUCAUCAGGUUCCUGACGGUGCAUUGGCUCCCACUGCUUGGUCGCCCCAGCACCAUCGUCGCUGAUCAAGGUCGAGAAUUUGUCAGUGCUGAAUUUGGUGAUUGGUGCGAUGCCCAGUCGAUUUACCUCUACCACAUUGGGGUUGGCGCCCCUUGGCAGAAUGGUAUCUGUGAGAGAUCGGGAGCGACGCUGAAAGCGCUGGUUGGUGCUACUGUUCAGUCUCAUGCCAUUAGCAACUUUGAAGAGAUGGAGAUUGCCCUAAGUGAGGCGGUGUCCGCCUACAAUGCUGAUGUGAACGAGGCUGGUGUUGCUCCAAUUCAGUUGGUGACAGGGAGAAUGCCCACGCCAGGCGGCGAUGUUCUCAAUGGCUUCGCAUCUCGACUUGCAGAACACUCACUGAUUGAGGCAAAACCCACGAUGGCAAAGUUGCUUGCGAUAAGGGAGACUUCGAGGCUCUCGAUGAUUCGUCUUCAUUAUAGUCGUGGACUGCGCCAAGCUGAGCUCGCCCGUUCGCGGGCCACCACCGCAGAGAAUGUGCCUCAGCCUGGGGACCUCGUCUUUUUCUGGAGGGCUCAGAAAUAUCAGUCCAAGAAGGACAUUGGAGCUGGAUCAAGGCGACGCCUUCUUCUUCGUCGGUGGCAUGGUCCUGGAUUGCUGGUAGCGCUUGAAGGGAAACAUGGUCUUGAGCUGUCGGCCAACUGCUUUGUUUCCUUUCGAGGUCAACUCGCGAAAUGUCCGCUAGAGCAUGUGAGAAAAGCAUCAUCCUUGGAAAGUAUUGCCGCCGGUUCUUGGGAGGCUGCCAUUGAUGAGGUGAUCCAGGCUGCAAAGAAGGAAGCCCCUGAGCUGAUUGCUGAUGACGUUCAUGAACAUGAUGAACCACCUGUUGACCAACCUGACGAUCCACUUCAGCGAGCCCUACAACCUUCCGAGAUUGUGGCUGCUUUGCAACCUCCCGCGUCAGUUGUGCCUUCUCUGAUUGGGAGAUCCUCUCCUCCUUCCUUGAGCAUGGAUGCACAGCAUGUUGAUGAUGCACCCAGUUCCGCCGCUCCUGGAACACCGGUGCCAAGCUUGAUCCUGCAGGCUUCCCAAGCUGGAACUACUUCUCCUGCCGGAGCUUCUUUGUCACGAACCUUGGAGAGGGCUCGAGCUUUGGAUGAGCUGGAGGCUGAGCGCGGUGUCAAGCGACAAUUGGAAGAGUCAUCGCCUGCUGCCGGUACCAAGCGCCAAGCCGAUGAGAAUGCAGCUUUGCUGACUCAGCAUGUUGCCUUGCCGGCCUUUGAAGCAUUGGUCUUGACUCAUGGUGAGUUGCAGUCCUUGUCGGAAAGAAUGGAUGUGCACCCUCUUCUACGACUUCAGGCUCAAGCUGAUUUGGACCGCCGUGAAGGUAAUGUCCUCUCAGAGCCUGAGCAUGGUACUUGGGAUGGGCGUUGGGCUUUUCUUUGUGAACGGGAUUGGCACCUGUUGCGAGAGCUUGGCCUACAGCUGCCCAAUGGAGCCGCUUCUCAUGAUGCUCUCUCCGUUCAGGCCUCUCGGAAAGAAAAGAUUUGGUCCAAAAUGACUCCUGAAGAGCAGAAGCUUUGGGGAGAUGCCGCUAUGAGUGGUUGGAACGUCUAUGUGGACAACCAGGCGGAUGAUCCUUUGCUCCCGCAUCUCACCCAUUUGAGUGAGAAGAGAGGUUGGCAUGCCAUGAAUGGACUCGGUAUCCAAGUUGCAUUUAAUGCACGAUCGUACAGAACGCCUGAGCCCAGGUUCAGUCCGGAAGAGUUGCCACUCCGAUCAACCUUCGGACGUUUCUCCAAAGACGGUCAGAGUUUUUGGCAUCGUUUGGAAGGAGCUGUUGAGUUUACGAAGCUGUCGAACCAGCACCAGCUCAUUGACAUGACGGUGCCAAUUCUGAUUACCUUGUUCCAUCCACGCUCGAGCCUGUCAUUUCUGCCUACUCUUGAGCAAGAAAAGAAGAAAGAUGAAUGUCAAUGA